CUUGCCCAGCGCGCUCUCCGCUUAUCCUACGCCUCUUCCCAGCAGGCUCCGGGACUCACCGCGAGACUUCAUCAAUUCUCGCGAGAUUUAUCGGCAGCCAUCUUCUUGGGGGUGCUGGGAGCCGGGAAGACCCCCCGAAUCGUUCCCAUUCAGCUGUCCUUCGUCUUCGUUUUCUUCAGUUUUGCCUCUUCUGCGUUGCCAACAAGCACCUGGUCCCGAGGCUGAGAGAAAGCCCGGGUCUAGGCGCGUGUCGCGCUCCCGGUGCAGGAAGAUUCGCUGGGGUGGAGGGAAGGGGGAGGGCCCGGGCAAACCGUUGCUGCCUCAGUCCGGGCCGGGGUCCGGGGAGGGGGAAGCUCCUGGCACCCCGUGGACUCGCGGCCUGCGGCGGUCCCCCCGGAGGUGUUCGCCGAUCGGGGCUCGCAGAAACCUGCCACCGGUGCCUCCCACCGCGGCCCACGCGGGCGGCGCGCGGAGGAGGGGGCGGGGGCAGCGGCGGCUGUAGCGGCCGCAACCUGGGCGGGCAGAGGAGUGCGACGGGCCUCGGGGCCGCUGUGGAUGGUUUCUAAAAUGAUCAUUGAAAACUUCGAGGCGCUCAAGUCCUGGCUCAGCAAGACUCUCGAGCCCAUCUGUGAUGCAGAUCCAUCAGCCCUAGCAAAAUAUGUUCUCGCUUUGGUAAAGAAAGACAAAAGUGAAAAAGAGUUAAAGGCAUUAUGUAUUGAUCAACUGGAUGUAUUUCUUCAAAAAGAGACACAGAUAUUUGUGGAAAAACUUUUUGAUGCUGUGAAUACAAAGAGUUAUCUACCUCCUCCAGAGCAGCCAUCAUCAGGAAGCUUAAAGGUAGAAUUUUUUCAGCACCAAGAAAAAGAUAUAAAAAAAGAAGAGAUCACGAAGGAGGAAGAGCGAGAGAAGAAGUUUUCUAGAAGGUUAAAUCACAGUCCUCCUCAGUCAAGCUCUCGAUACAGAGAAAAUAGAAGUCGUGAUGAGAGGAAAAAAGAUGAUCGUUCUCGCAAAAGAGAUUAUGAUCGAAACCCUCCUCGAAGAGAUUCAUACAGAGACCGGUACAAUAGAAGACGAGGGCGAAGUCGCAGUUAUAGCAGGAGUCGGAGUCGAAGUUGGAGUAAAGAGAGGCUUCGUGACAGGGAUAGGGAUAGAAGCAGGACUAGAAGCAGAAGCAGAACACGAAGCAGGGAAAGGGAUCUGGUAAAACCUAAAUACGACUUGGAUCGAACAGAUCCGUUAGAAAACAAUUAUACUCCAGUUUCUUCGGUACCUAAUAUUUCAUCUGGCCACUACCCUGUACCUACUUUGAGCAGCACUAUUACAGUAAUUGCUCCUACUCAUCAUGGUAAUAACACUACCGAAAGUUGGUCUGAAUUUCAUGAAGACCAAGUGGACCAUAAUUCAUAUGUAAGACCACCAAUGCCAAAGAAACGAUGUAGAGACUAUGAUGAAAAGGGUUUCUGUAUGAGAGGAGACAUGUGCCCUUUUGAUCAUGGAAGUGACCCAGUAGUUGUAGAAGAUGUGAAUCUUCCUGGUAUGCUGCCUUUCCCAGCACAGCCUCCUGUUGUUGAAGGACCACCUCCUCCUGGACUCCCCCCACCUCCACCAAUUCUUACACCUCCACCUGUGAAUCUGAGACCCCCAGUGCCUCCGCCAGGCCCAUUACCACCAAGUCUGCCACCUGUCACAGGACCACCACCACCACUUCCUCCUUUGCAGCCAUCUGGCAUGGAUGCUCCCCCAAACUCUGCAACCAGUUCUGUUCCCACUGUAGUAACAACUGGCAUUCAUCACCAGCCUCCUCCUGCUCCACCCUCUCUUUUCACUGCAGAUACAUAUGACACAGAUGGCUACAAUCCUGAAGCCCCAAGCAUAACAAACACUUCCAGACCUAUGUAUAGACACAGAGUGCAUGCACAAAGGCCUAACUUGAUAGGACUAACAUCAGGGGAUAUGGAUUUGCCACCCAGAGAAAAGCCUCCUAAUAAAAGCAGUAUGAGGAUAGUAGUGGAUUCAGAGUCAAGGAAAAGAACUAUUGGUUCUGGGGACCCUGGAGUUCCUACAAAGAAGACUUGGUUUGAUAAACCAAAUUUUAAUAGAACAAACAGCCCAGGCUUCCAGAAAAAGGUUCAGUUUGGAAAUGAAAAUACCAAACUUGAACUUAGAAAAGUUCCUCCAGAAUUAAAUAAUAUCAGCAAACUUAAUGAGCAUUUUAGUCGAUUUGGAACCUUGGUGAACUUACAGGUUGCCUAUAAUGGUGAUCCUGAAGGUGCCCUUAUCCAAUUUGCAACAUAUGAAGAAGCAAAGAAAGCAAUAUCAAGUACAGAAGCAGUGUUGAACAAUCGCUUUAUUAAGGUUUAUUGGCACAGAGAAGGAAGCACCCAGCAGUUACAAACUACUUCUCCAAAGGUAAUACAGCCUUUAGUCCAGCAGCCCAUUUUGCCUGUUGUGAAGCAGUCAGUCAAAGAGAGGUUGGGUCCAGUACCUUCAAGUACUAUUGAACCCGCAGAAGCCCAGAGUGCCAGUUCAGACCUUCCUCAGGUGUUGUCUACAUCUACUGGCCUAACAAAAACGGUGUAUAAUCCAGCUGCGUUGAAGGCUGCACAAAAAACCUUACUUGUUUCCACCUCUGCAGUUGAUAAUAAUGAAGCGCAGAAGAAAAAACAGGAGGCAUUGAAACUUCAGCAGGAUGUAAGGAAAAGGAAACAAGAAAUUUUGGAAAAGCACAUUGAAACACAGAAGAUGUUAAUAUCAAAACUGGAGAAAAACAAAGCAAUGAAGUCUGAAGAUAAAGCAGAAAUAAUGAAAACUUUAGAGGUUUUGACAAAAAAUAUUACUAAGUUGAAAGAUGAGGUCAAAGCUGCCUCUCCUGGACGCUGUCUUCCAAAAAGUAUCAAAACCAAAACUCAGAUGCAGAAAGAAUUGCUUGACACAGAACUGGAUUUAUAUAAGAAGAUGCAAGCUGGAGAAGAAGUCACUGAGCUUAGGAGAAAGUAUACAGAAUUACAGCUGGAAGCUGCAAAACGAGGGAUUCUUUCAUCUGGUCGUGGUAGAGGAAUUCAUUCAAGAGGUCGAGGUGCAGCUCAUGGCCGAGGCCGAGGUCGAGGUCGAGGUCGAGGUGUGCCUGGUCAUGCUGUGGUGGAUCACCGUCCCAGGGCAUUGGAGAUUUCUGCAUUUACAGAGAGUGAUAGAGAAGAUCUUCUUCCUCACUUUGCGCAAUAUGGUGAAAUUGAAGAUUGUCAGAUUGAUGACUCUUCGCUUCAUGCAGUAAUUACAUUCAAGACAAGAGCAGAGGCUGAAGCAGCUGCAGUUCAUGGAGCUCGUUUCAAAGGGCAGGAUCUAAAACUGGCAUGGAAUAAACCAAUAACUAAUAUUUCAGCUGUUGAAACAGAAGAAGUUGAGCCUGAUGAAGAGGAAUUUCAGGAAGAGUCUUUGGUGGAUGACUCAUUACUUCAAGAUGAUGAUGAAGAAGAAGAGGACAAUGAAUCUCGUUCUUGGAGAAGAUGAUUUGACUGAUCAUUGAUCUGCAUAUGCUAGAACUCUACCUGUGUUUCAUUAGUAUUAUCUAAUGUACUUUUACAUAUUUGUAAAAACAAUUUUUGGUAAAAUGUGAUGAAGAUGGAUUUCACAAAUAGACAAAAGAGAAGAAAACUACCUUCUGAUCCUGUAUUUUGAAAGAUUGAUGUUUGCGUUUUAUUUCAGUAAACAAUUGCUAAAGACAUCACACUAGAAACAUAUGCAAUGUUUUUAUUACAUACUUCUACUGAACGUUACGGAAUUCUUUGGGUUCUUUGUAAUUUAAUGAAUAGGUCAGAAAACUUAUGACCAAUACUUGUUAUAACUUAGAGGAUUUUGUUUUACUCCAAAUAAGGAAUGAAUUUGCAUUUAAAAUCUUAAUGAAUGUUUUCAAAAAUGAAUAGAUAACAUAGUACUCUAACUAAAGUCUCCAAGUUAUGUAUUCAUAAUAUUACAUAGUAGUAUGCUUAGGCUUUACUAUGUAUUAGCCUUUUGUUGGACUUGUGUAUGUAUUUUACCACAUGGGUUUUAAUGAUAACGGUGUAUGACUGCUUUGCAUAUGAGUCCUUAUGCAUUGAGAUGUUAAAAAUAAAGUGGAAUGGUCUCUUAAAAAGAAAAGAAAAGAAAAAAAAAUGACAAAAAAAGAAACCAAGACAAUGUUCCUUGAUUUAAAAAAAGAAAAAAGAAAAAGAAAAAAGAAAAAAAAUUAAAAUAAAUAGACCAUUCCAGAUGGUGAUCUACCCUUCUUCCCCCCAAUUAUCACAAAAGGAGCUAUAAUCACUAACUUAUUCUUAAUAAUAAUGGUUACUAGUACCUUUACAAUAAUGUACAAUCCAAUGUUUAAAAUUUAUAGCACUUCAGUUUGGUUUGAUCCUAUAUAUUUUCAACCGAUGUCUUAAAAUUUAAAAGCAGGCUGAUUAGUUUGGAACCAGACUUCAAGUAGAGCUAACAUUUGGUGAAUAAGAAAACAUCACAUUACAUUUUGGAUGUAUGAAAGAAAACUUGACCAUUUGAAGAUGUAUGAAUAAAGAAAUGUACUAUAGAUACUACUUUAGGAAAACACUGUUUGGUAAGUGUUCCAGUCUGAUAUUUUAAGUGUGCAUUUCCUAUUCUUGUAUAAAAAUCUUUGACAUUUGCAGAAAUACUGUGAUUUUUAAGUGGAUUUCUCUGGCAAGUGAACAUGAUCAUUGAAAGUUGAUACAGCAGUUUCUGGGAAAUAAUGCAUUCUUUGUAGAAUGAGGGGGUGGGAGAUUACAUAUUUAUCUUUUAAAAUUCAUCAUUUUGGUUGCAAGUGUCCUGAGAUUAAUAGUGAUUAUAUUAAAAGUCACAUUAAAAAAAACUCACUUUCUUCCCAUACUGGGGUCCUCACAAUCACAAACUGUAAUUCCACCACCAUAGUCUUUUGCCAAUGGAGUAACUAGUGGAUGCUCUUC